GGGUGUUUGUCUUAGCUAAACAAUAUCAAGUUAAUUUUGUUCAAUUUUGAGCUGAAAAGAGUGAAAGAUCAAUGGCAAUGGAAGCAGUGAUAUUCCAGCAAGACUGGUUUGGUUACAACGGCAAAGAUGUGUUGUUAGGAGGGAAUUGGAGUUACGGGUUGGGGUUGGGGAAAGAAGAAGAAAAAUUCUGCUUUGAACAUAUUCCUGGCAACCAAACAUCAGAUACCAAUAAUCUAGUUGAUGGAGAUCAUCGGGUUAGUUCUUCUUCACAAACUUCAAUGGCUCCACCAUUACCCCAUUCCAGUGGUCCGUCGGCUAUGGGUCGCCGGAAGAGACGUCGAUCCACCAAGGCUCCAAAAAACAAGGAAGAGAUGGAGAACCAGAGAAUGACUCACAUCACAGUUGAGCGCAAUAGAAGAAAGCAAAUGAAUCAAUAUCUUUCCCUUCUUCGAUCUUUAAUGCCUCCAUCUUAUGCUCAAAGGGGGGAUCAAGCAUCCAUUAUAGGGGGAGCUAUCAAUUUUGUAAAAGAGCUAGAGCAAAGGCUUCAAUGGCUAAGUGGUCAGAAAGAGGUAAAAGAAGAAACACCAAAAUUUGAUGACUUCUUCACAUCCCCACAGUACUCAACACCCAUUGGUGACAUAGAAGUUAACGUAAAUGAGAGGCAUGCAAACCUAAAAAUAAGAUGGAAAAGGCGACCCUCUCUGCUCUUCAGAUUGGUUUCAGGCUUGAAUGCUAUGCGUCUCACCAUCCUUCAUCUCAAUGUCACAACCGCUGCUCUAAUUGUCCUCUAUUCUCUCACUCUCAAGGUAGAAGAUGAUUGCAAGCUGACUACAGGGGAUGGAAUUGCUUCAGCAGUGAAUCAGUUGCUAUGUAGAAAUGAAGGUGAUGAUGGUGAUGAUGCUAUGUUCAAUUCAUUUAAUUCAAUUCUCCCAUGAUUUUGUUUCCCUCUUCAAUUUUCACUUUUCUCACUUCUGGGUGUCCAGGAAAUUCCCUACUCCCAUUCAUGUCCCUUAAUUUCGCAUUUCAUUCUUCAAUUAAAUAACAAUUAAAAUUCUGCCUCUUUUUCCCCU